CUGUAUUUUCCGUUCCGAACAUCUAGACGACUUUCAUUCCGAACACCCGGUCUUUUUCAUUCCGACCUUCCGGCGUUUUCAUUCCGAACAUCCGGAAACUGAAGUUCGGAAUGGACUUCUCUGACCGAUGUCCGUAAAAAAAUGAGGACGAAAAGGGACCACCCCCGACAACAUCAAGGGCUCCCAAAGAAUUCCAAAAAUCAACUGCCUGAUCAUUUAAAACAAACAGACCGUGGAGAGAACUUCGUACGUCACGAAGAUGAAAAAUUGAUCAUUUUUACCAUUGCGGCGAAUCUUUCAGUAUUGAAAACGUGUAAACAUUGGUUUGUCAAUGGAACAUUUAAAGUAAAAUAAAAACAAAGACUUUCAGCUUACUCAGUAAACGUCUAUUUUAGGUGUGUCCAGAAGGUUUCCAGCAAGUGUUUACGUUACAUAGAUUGUUCAAAUCACAAAUUAUUCCGUUGGUUUAUGGCUUACUCGUAGAAAGAAAAACAACGCACUACGAUCAUUUUUUCAACGGAUCGUGGACGUAGAUGAUUUCAAUCCAGAAAACAAUACUGAGCGAUUUCGAAGCGGCGACAAGAAAAUCGAUCAAUUCAUUGUUUCCAAACAUUCUUCACAAAGGUGGUGUGAAUAAUUGCUUCACAAUAAUCAUCUAAGUAUGUAUUAAUUGAUUUUUUUAGACUGUUUGUUUCAUUUUGGUCAGUGUACUUGGCGUCAAAUUCAAAGUCUUGAAUUACAAAUGAAAUACCAAGAGGGUGAGCCGUUCCAUUUGAACAUUAAAAAAUAAUUGCUUUAGCUUUUGUUCCUGUUUUAGAUGUCAUCAAAGCGUUUAAUGUGAUUACCGACGAUUUUCGCGGUUAUUUUGAAAAAAGCAUGGAUAGGAGAGCCAAAGAGAGGCACAUUGAUUGAUUAAUAAUUAUUUAAUAUUCAACUUCGAUUUUAGGUAGUGGCCGAAAAAAACCUCUAUUUCCAAUAGAAAUAUGGAAUGUUUAUGAUCGAACAGUUGUCAAUCUUCCACGCUCAAAUAAUUCAAUUAAAGGAUGGCACAAUGCAUUCACGAAACGUGUGGCAAUAGUACAUUCAACUAUUACAAAAUUAACCGAGAAGAUUCGUCGUGAACAAUCCAAAUUCGAAGUCGACAUCGCACAAAUUCGCCAAGGACAAGAACCAAAGCCGAAGAAACUCAAAUAUCGAAAACUUGACGAAAGAAUCAAACGACUGGUCGAUGAUUAUGGAAAUGUUGAUCUUGGUGCAUAUUUGAAAAGACUAGCUUCUCCCUUAAUUAAAUUAGAAUCAGCAUGUAUGCGACGAAUUGCCCGUGCAACAUAUUUUUCUUGCGACGAAUUGUCUGCAACGAAUUGCCUUGCGACGUAUUGUCCAGUUACCAAUCGAAGACGACGAUCCAUUUUCCUCUGUUCAACUUCAGUUCCAGUGAUGCCUGUCUGUAUACUGUGA